AUGUCUUCCAAGCACGUUGUAUUCGACAUUGUGGGAACCCUCGUGGCCUAUGAUCAUGUCUUUGAGGCACUCGAUACCCGCCUAGGCGACCGACUGCGCGCAGAGGGCAUCAAGCCCCGUCUCCUGGGAUAUACAUGGAUGGAAGCCGCUGAGCGGGAAUACACCAAUCUCAGUUUGUCCCAAAGAUAUGUGCCAUUUGGGGAAGUCUUCCGCGCCCUUUUCUACCGUAUGCUCUGGAUGGCAGGUAUUGCUGAGCCCCGGUCUUGGGCAACACCCGAAGAUCUGGAGUUCAUCAUGAAGGAGUACCAGCUCCUCGAGUUCCGGCCUGGUGCUGCGGAGUGUGUCCAAAAGCUCAGGGAUGCCGGGUUUACCGUAUGGGCUUUUACUGCUGCAGAUAUCACCCGCGUUGGGGGCUACUUCAAGAACGCCGGCGUGGAGCUCCCCGCCGAGAACUUAUUGUCUUGUGAUGAUGUCGGUGUGGGUAAGCCUGAUCUGGCAGCUUACCACCCCUUGCUUGAGCGUCUCAAGUCCGAGAGUGAUGGGAGGAUUCCAUGGUUUGCGGCAGCCCAUAUGUGGGAUGUUUCUGCAGCCAAGGUAGCAGGAUUUAAGGGCGCCUACUGUCAUAUCUGGGAGAAGGAGUCUCUAUCUGAGCUGUUUGGAGAGAUGGACGUUAUGGCUGAUACUUUGCCAGAAAUGGCGGACAAGAUCAUUGCAAACCAGGCAUCGAUUUAA